AAGCUGAGCCCCUUCCACUCGCAUCAAGUCGAAUUGAUCCCCUUUGAUUUGCAACAACGAAGUUUAUAUGAAUGUCUUUUAAAUAAUUAAAAAUAAAAAAGAGAAAAAGGGAAAGUUGUAGGAAAGUAACAAAGUAUAUAUAAUAUAUAAAGAAUGAAUUAUGAAAAUUAAUUUGCAUUUUUCAUUCUUGACAAUUGACGCAUAACCAUGAACAUCUUCACCAAGAAACCCACCGCCAAAGAGGCUCUUCGGGAGAGUAAACGAGAAAUGACAACCGCCACUAGAGGUAUAGAGAGGGAAAUUGGAUCGUUACAAUUGGAAGAAAAGAAACUAGUUGCUGAGAUAAAGAGAACUGCUAAGACAGGGAACGAGGCAGCCACUAAAAUUCUAGCUCGCCAGUUGAUAAGGCUUAGGCAACAGAUUGCUAAUCUUCAGGGUAGUCGAGCUCAGAUGAGAGGCAUAGCAACUCACACGCAGGCAAUGCAUGCCCAUUCUUCUGUUGCUGAUGGUAUGAAAGGUGCUUCUAAGGCAAUGGCAGCUAUGAAUAAGCAAAUGGCACCAGCAAAGCAAGCAAAAAUUAUGCAGGAAUUCCAGAAACAAUCGGCACAGAUGGAUAUGACUACUGAAAUGAUGUCGGAUGUCAUAGAUGAUGCCUUGGACGAUGAUGAAGCUGAAGAGGAGACAGAAGAGCUUACAAAUCAGGUGCUUGAUGAAAUCGGUGUGGAUGUUGCCUCACAGUUAUCAGCAGCUCCCAAAGGGAGAGUCGCAUCGAAGAAUACAGAAAAUGUCAGCAGGUAUCUAUCUUCUGUGUAACUCUUUCCCUUUUCCCUAAUGAUCUGUACCCGGCUGCACCAUAAAGCCAACUGCGAAUGGUCUAUUUUGAGUUGUUAGUAUUCUUUGCAAGUUUUAAUGACCUUAGAAAUUUGAUGCCAUUACAGCUCGGGCAUUGAUGACCUUGAGAAGCGUUUGGCGGCUCUGAGAAACCCAUAAUUUUGGUUGUAAUUAUACAAUUCGUGAUCUGAAAGGUUUAAACUAAAAUUCUUUCUGGAACUAUCUAGAUAUAUCAUAAGUUGUGUGUAUAUACGGCUUGAAAUUGCUAUGUAAGAAUAAUGAUUUAUUAAAGUUUAAGUGGUGGUUAAUUCUUGUAAAAGCUGUAGUUAUGGAUAGAAGGAAAAACAUAGCUCUGGAAUAUACAUGUAGUUUGAUGCUAUUUGUAAAUGAGUGCCAAGUCGAUUUAUGCUUA